AUGGAGUGCCGUUUGGACCUGAAGAAGGCUUCAAGUGAUCGACCGCCUUUUGUUCCUGCUGAGAAAAAGGUGUUGAGCAAGGAAACACAAAGGUCAUUUCCACUUGAUAAAUUCAGAGAUGAUAAACGCGGUUUAUCUUAUUCUGAUUUCCACCGCGAGAUCACCAAAAAAGUUGAAGACGUCUGUCCCAAACGCUUGGAGAAUCGUCUCAAGUCACGGAUAGGCAGGACCGCAUCAGGAGAGAGAGACCUUGUCAAAUACAAGUCCUACGUGCCGAGUUAUAUAAAGAAAUGUGAAAAGCUUGAAGGGAAGGAUGUUAAAGCUGGCAGCAUUGGUUCACCGGACCUAAGGAAUAAUAGGAAGUUCAGUGAUAAACAGAUGGAUAAGCAUACGAGGUCUUCAUUGUCCAACACAAGCACAUCGUCAUCACUCUGGACUGAUGAAUCAUCCACUGAUUCCAGCAGAGGCUUGUGUGUUUCUCCUUUUCGAAAAAGGAUUAAUAACCCUCCACUGCAGUAUUAUCUCAUGUCUUCUAAACCAGGAGAUUGUUCUCAAGAUUUCGAGCCACCUCGAGAUAAUAAUGAUACUUCCCAAAGUCAUAGCUUUUUGCCUGGAUAUAACACGGACAGACAAAGGGAUCCCACUGGAAGAGAUGGGCAGUUUCAUCAAAGCCCUCGUGGAACUGCAUUCCUACAGAAUGAGAAGAAAGAUUCUGAUUUUAAGCUUGUCCCAAAAACCAGAACUUUCUUGUGUCCAUCAAAGCCUGAUAGUCCUUCGUGCACAAGGGUAAUAUCAAGGAACCUAGCCGAUGAUUUUAAGAAAAAAGGAGAGAAAUUGGAUGAGAGAAACCGAAAUCCUCGUGUUCAUGAUCUGUUUGGAAAAGAAAAGCCCGCUGCUGUGUUUGUACCAGGAAUUGUUUCUCAGAAGCAGCUUAUAGGUUUGUCCAAGUUCUAUGAUUCAAAAGUGUUAUUGGCUGAGCGAGUAGCAGAAGCUAAUAGAAAAGGAUUACCAGAAAAGUUAGCGUAUGGGCAAGGUGCAGUCUUGGAAUCUGAUGUCGGAGGUCCCUUCCGACGUGAAGCUGAUGGAAGUAAGCCGUUCUUAAAGCGUAUCAACUUCUUGAGUGCAGAGAAAAAUAGAAUUUCAUCAGAAAGAUCGCUUUCAGCUCCACGAUCAAGAAAGUCUGAAUCUAGUCCGUCAAGGAGCAGGACUUUAGAUAGAAGGUCAACAGAAACACUGCCCAAACAGUCAGAUCAGAAACCAGCUAAAGUUUUAUCAGAAAGAGCAAGGAGCAUUUCCCCAUUUCGCCGACUCAGCUUCAGCAUUGGAAAGUCUAGCAAAAACUCCAACGCCGAAGUUGCUCAGAGUCCUCCUCACUUCAGUGCAACACUUAAAUCAUCACGAUCUGGUUUAGAUAAUCCAUCUACCUCUUCUAUUAGCGACAGCUCUUCCUUUGAUAAUACCAGCACAGGAAAUAGAGGCAGGUCUAGUCCGUUGAGAAGGUUACUUGAGCCACUGAUGAAACCAAAAUCAAGCAAUGCAUGUAGAUCUCCUGAGCCAUCACUAAAGGGUGCACCUUCAAGUCAGCAAAAGCAUACUAUGUCUGACGGUCAACCUUCUUCUUCAACCCUUCUGUCAAGAAAUGGAAAAUCUUCAACCGUACAGGCUCUUUUUCGAGUGACGUCUAAGAAUGAUCAACCACUGUUCACUUUUGCGGUUGACAAAGAACAAAGUAUUACAGCAGCCACAAUAAGGAAACACAAUGCCCCAGAAAAGGAAGACUACGGACACAAGUAUACAUUUUUCACUGUUCAGGAAGUACAGAAGAAAAAUGGAAAAUGGAUGAACCAGAGCAGGAAGGUGCAAGGCCAAGAGUACACAUCCAACAUUGUUGCUCAGAUGAGUGUCUCCAGUUCUACGCCUCUGAUUUCCGCUGGAGAAAGUUCUGUCGAUAACCUCUUAACCAGAGAAUUUGUACUCUUUGCAUCUGAAUCGCAGCGGACGACUAACGAGCUAGCUGCCAUGGUGAUCAAGAUCCCAAAAAUUUCUGACACGAGUUCUACCACACUUGGAGAUUACUUUGCAGACGUGAAUGCAACAGUGGUACUUCCAAGCGGAAUUCACAGUCUCCCACACAAAGGAGGACCGUCAUCGCUGAUCCAACGAUGGAAAUCAGGUGGUUCAUGUGACUGCGGAGGCUGGGACAUGGGCUGCAACCUUAAAAUCCUCACCAAUCAGCAUAAUAAACCCAGAAACCCUUCUCUCUCCACUUCAGAGGCCUUCAAGCUUUUCUUUCAGGGAGGAUUCCAAGAUAAUAACAACCAACCAUUAUUGAGUUUCACUCCAUACAGAGAAGGUGUGUAUGCGGUUGAGUACAAUUCGUCGUCACUCUCACUCUUGCAAGCAUUCUCCAUUUGUAUAGCGGUUAACGAGGGACGGAAUUCGUCAAAGACCGUGGAAGCACCAAACACUUUGCGUGUAGAGAAAGCUAAUGGAGAGGUGUCAUCGAUUCAAAACGAGAGGUUGAAGUCAUUCUCAGGUCCUAUUGAAGCUGAGGCUCCAGCCAAGUAUAUCUCACACCCACCAUUGUCUCCUGUGGGAAGGGUUUAG